AUGUGGCAUCGACUGACUGGACGUAGAUUCCUCUCCCAAGUUGUAUUUUUCGGCCUUGCUUGUGGGCUGCAAUCCCGCGACCCUUCCUCCUUUGACGAGAUUUCCUCUCCCGCAUGGCCCCCAAAUGGCUCUUGCCCCGUGUAUUACGAUGGCGACACUUUGCUUGUCAGGUACUCGCUGGAACAAAGCAGGCCCGGCAUGAAGGUCGUCAUGUCCCUUAAGUGUAUGACCAUGGAGGACGACCACCCUCCUUCUCGAUCACUCGUUCUCGGUGACGAUGCCUUGACCGUCGCUUCGGUGGAAAACAACGUACCCACAUCGGCCGGAACAGUUCCUUUCACUCUCCCAUCGGUUCCUCAGAUGCAGAACGUCUCGGAAAGCGGCCCCGUUUGUGCGAUCACACUCAAGGGAGAGCGUGUCUGGGAUCGUGAGCCUGUGAGCAUCCAGAGCGAGCCCUUCCAACUGCGUACUUCGGGGGGUGACGGAUCCCAGCGCCAGAAAACAUUUGCUUCCGAAGGGGUGUUCGAAGGGGUGAUGCCCCCCAGCAGGGACCGUCCGGUCAACAUCACAAGCAACGGAUCCCAUGGCUCCACCCCAACGACGCCAGCGCAUUCAGUGACGACUGCAACCAUAUUCAGCACAACUAGGCUCCAUGCUGCUGAUCCUACGACAUCGGCAUCACCACUACAGCCGACGAGUGGAACAGACAAAAGAGCCUCUGAAGGCCUCAGCAAAGCCGCCGUCGCUGGGAUAGGUGUUGGCGCGGCUAUCGGAGUGUUACUUGUAGGCUUGGUGUUGUUCUUUCCUCUGAGAAGGCGGUUUCUGAUGUGGCGAUGGGGAAGAAUGUCCACAGUCUCACGGGAGAUACAUCGAGAAGGCGCUGAGCCGGGCCAGGCAAAGAUGGGAGAAAUGCAUGGGAACCCUGUAAGCGAGGUCCACGGCAAUACCCGUCCGACAGCAGAACUACCACCAGGCUCACCAGCAGUGGAGAGGGCCGAGUUGAGACAAGAAGAGAGGCGAGAGAUGACUGAAGAGAGGGCUGGACAGCAGGCUGAAGGGCGGGCUGAAGGGCGGGUUGAAGAUACGACGGAGGAGAGAACCGAUGAGAUCGCUAGAGGUAUCGAGAGUGUUGUUGAAGGUAGGGCGGAACUACCAUGA